CUCUGAAUUAAAGUCAUCGGCUGGACUGGAGCCAUGCCACGAAGGCAGCCCCUCGGAUUAAUAAAUGAAAUAUUGAACUGGCGUUUGGCCGCCGAUUUCUGGAUUCAUCGCAACAACAGCAGACCGUAUUCUCGAAUCUCAACUCCUCGACCCUCUCCCGAUCUUGCAUUUCCUUCUCCAUCCCUUCUGCGGUAGUCGCAAAUUGACUCUUGUGGGAGAAAAGUCGUUCUUUUAGUGCUGCAUGAAGUAAAUUUGGAGUUAUCGUGCUCUUUUGAUGCCAAUGCUGGGUACUGAUAUUUGCUAAAAAGAAGAGCAUUCAGACUCUAACCGAAGAGGGAAUGGCUGGAAAGUCCAAUAAGGCCCAGGAUGUACCUGCUACUGAAAGCAACAAUACUGGUGCCAUUCUAAAGAAGAAGAAAAGAGGAGUAAUAUCUCGAAUAUGGAAUGGUCUCUUUAGACUACGUGGUGAUGAUUUUGAAAGGAAGCUGGGUCAUAUUUCAAAGGAAGAAGCUGCUGUUCUUGCCAGAAUGAAGAAGAGAUCUCAGAGUUCGAGGGGCAUUAUUAGGCAUCUGAUUGCACUCUCUGUGAUUUUUGAGGUUGUUGCAGUGGGAUAUGCUAUCAUGACUACAAGGUCCUUAGAACUGAAAUGGAAAAUGAGGGCAUUCAGGGUCUUGCCUAUGUUUAUUAUGCCUGGGUUAUCUUAUAUUAUUUAUUCAGCACUUGUAAGGUUCACAAGGAUGUGUGACCGCAAGGAUCAGAAAGCUCUGGAUAAGCUCCGUGCUGAAAGGCAAGCAAUAAUUGAUGAGCUUAAAGAGAAGACAAAUUACUACACUACACAGCAGCUGAUUCAGAGGUAUGACCCUGACCCGGCAGCAAAGGCAGCUGCUGCAACUGUCCUUGCUUCCAAGUUGGGUGCAGAAUCUGGCUUGAAAGUGUAUGUGGGAGAUGAAUCGAAGCUUUCUGUGCCCACUGGAAAGAGCAAUGAUGUUGAACUGGUCCAAUCUAAUGGACUCCGAAAUCGGAAAGAGUUGCAAACAAGAUAUGUUAACACAGUGAGUGAUGUGUUACAACACUCUGAUAAAGACCUCAAAAGUACAGGGAAUCCAGUUCCUGAUAUUUCUGAGCAUAACCAGCUGGUUUUCGAACACGAUCAUCCAGGAUCAACAACACAUGAUGGAGGAUGGGUUGCCCGGAUUGCAGCAUUGCUAGUGGGUGAGGAUCCAUCACAAUCUUAUGCACUUAUAUGUGGCCACUGCCGGAUGCACAAUGGGCUUGCAAGGAAGGAGGAUUUUGCAUUCAUAACAUACUAUUGCCCACACUGCAAUGCCUUGAAUAGGUCAAAACAAGGCAUUUCCAGUCCUAAUUAUCCGAAAGUGAGCUCCUCGACAUCAUCAGGUAACCCUAAACCCAUCAACAGUGGUAGUAGUACAAAAAGUGACCGGACGGCUUCUUCUGUCGAAACCACAGAAAAGAGUGAUAGCGUAGUGCCGGGGGAGUCAGGUCCUGCUAAUUGAAUGACGAUUUCUGGUGCAUUAUGAAACGGCAUUUGGAGUUCCAGGACCUUGAUGUUGCUGAGAUUUUCUUUGAGGAGCUUGUUGUAUUGGGUGGCUCAUACAGAACAGGUCAUAUGGCAUGGUUGCAACACUCAUCUGUUUGGCUGGCUCCUCCAUCCCAUUUCUGUAACUGGUCAGCAAAGUUUUUGUGUUUCUACUAGAUUCUACUAUAGUUAUGUUAUUUUCAUGGUAAUCUUUCUUCUUUUCUUUCAAUUCUUCUAUUCUUGAGCCCUUUUCUGGGCAGAAGAAAUUAAGAAGAUUUUUGAUUUCAUUGAAAGCCUAGAAAACACCCUCGUACCGUUAGAAUAUAGAGAUGGAAGAUUUGUAAUAUCAAUUGAAUGGCUUUCGUUUCUCUUUGAGCCGGUGGAUGCUUAUUUCUUCUCCAACUACUGUUUCGAGCCUUUGAAGUUCACCAAGAAUUAUGAACUAGACUAGACUAGAGCAACCACCAUUCAACAAUAACAAGCCUUCAUCCGUGUACGUGCGGACGAGUUUUACAUUACAUUAGUUGGUAGUUAUGUAACAAUUCGUCUUUAUUUGUGUUGGGAUUUAUUUAAAAUAGGAGGGACGAUUACAAUGCUGGCUUAGAAAUUGUAAUUGUAGUUUUUUUUUUUAUUUAAUAUAACAUUAUUAGUUAGUUAGUUAUUAUUUGUUUGCUUGAACAUCAAUGAAAGUAGCUGAAACAAACCCAACAAA